AUGGUCCAUAAGCAUGCAUUUGAAUCUUUAGAUCGAACUUUGAAAGAUGAAUUAAGGUGCGGAAAUUCAAGCAUCUCAAAUAUUCCAUUUGGAGGGAAAGGUAUAGUCUUUGAAGGAGAUUUCAGACAAAUUCUACCUGUUGUUCCGGUUGGCAGUAGACAGAACAUUGUAAAUGCUUCUUUGAGUUCUUCAUAUUUAUGGCAACAUGGCAAAGUCCAUAGAUUAACAAAACAACAUGAGGCUAACUGUUGGAAGGAUCAAUCAGAUAUAGAAAAAAUAAGAGAUUAUGCAAAUUGGCUAUUGGAUAUAGGAGAAGGCAAACUUGGUUGUCCGAACGACGGUGAAACGAUUAUCGAUAUUCUGGAUGAUAUGGUCAUUAAUGAUUCACAUGAUCCUAUAGGUUCCUUAAUUAAGUUUGUAUAUCCUUCAAUUUUCAAGAACUAUAGCAAUACAAAUUAUUUCCAAGAAAGAGCGAUACUUGCUCCAAAAAAUGAAGUUGUUUAG